AACAUUUGAUAAUUAAAAUUUGGAGAAAUUAGGGAAGGCAAGUAGAAGGUUGUUGUCUCUGGCUCUCACCACAUUAUUUUUCGCAAGGUGAUUCCACUUUGAGGGCUCUCUCAUUCUCUCUUAGUUCUCACUCUCCGACCUUGCGAGCCGAGCGACUCAACCCUUCCCACCAUGCUGCGCCAAGCCACACGCCUCCUGGCUCGACCUGCCAUCGCCUCCUCCUCCUCCUUCGCCGCCAGGGCUCGCUCCUUCUCCACCGAUCUCCCCACCGCUCCGGCUGAAGAUUCCACCUUCAUCGAUGCCUGGAAGAAAAUCAUUCCAAAUAUUGACCCACCCGCAACCCCUCUCACUUUCAUGCAACCUCGACCACAGACUCCCUCUUCCAUUCCUUCUAAGCUCACGGUCAACUUCGUUCUUCCUUAUGCCUCUGAGCUCUCCGCCAAGGAGGUUGACAUGGUUAUUAUACCGGCAACUACUGGACAGAUGGGUGUUCUCCCUGGACAUGUAGCCACAAUUGCAGAGCUGAAACCUGGGGUCAUGUCAGUGCAUGAAGGAAAUGAUGUGACAAAGUAUUUCAUUAGCAGCGGCUUUGCAGUCAUCCAUGCUAACUCCUUUGCAGAUAUAAUUGCCAUUGAGGCUGUGCCUAUUGAUCAAAUUGACCCAAGCUUGGUUCAGAAGGGGCUUGCUGACUUCACGCAGAAGCUGAGCUCAGCAUCAACGGACUUGGAGAAAGCUGAGGCCCAAAUUGGAGUGGAUGUGCAUAGUGCUCUUAACUCUGCUCUCACGGGCUAGAGUUAAAUAGCUCUAUGUGCUUUCUUGCAUCUUCUUCUCACCUUUUUGCUUCUUCAAAUCUGCCCCAUUGACGCUUAGAUUUGUGUCGAGCCCGGGAACUGCUCUGAAUAUUUUGUUUUUGAAUUCUCAUGUUGAAUAUGGGAUUGAAAUAAUAUCGGGAAUAGAUUUAUCAUCAUCCUGGAAUUCAGAAAUUUGAGCCCGACUUCUUGAAACAAGAAAUGUUGUAUUUAUCUUAAUGCUUAUGGGUGUCUCUCUUUUCUUUGUC